AUGGCUCGGGUGGCAUUCCUAAUAUGGGCCUGUGUUGUGGUCCUGGGGAUCACUGCCACGGCGGUGCAUGGUUUCAUAGGUGUGAAUUGGGGCACCAUGGCAUCGCACCCAUUGCCCCCAAACAUCGUGGUUCAAAUGUUGAAAGACAAUAACAUCAACAAGGUUAAGCUUUUCGACGCGGAUUCUUGGACCCUUAGUGCUCUGGCUGGAACUGGAAUGGAAGUCAUGGUUGCCAUCCCUAACAACAUGUUGCACCAUAUUUCCAAGGACUAUGACAAUGCCAAAGAUUGGGUCAAAGAAAAUGUCACCAAACAUCUCCACAAUGUUGAUAUCAGAUAUGUAUCAGUUGGAAAUGAGCCAUUCUUGACAAGUUACAAUGGUUCGUACCUUAAAACGACAUUCCCAGCAUUACAGAACAUUCAGAAGGCUCUCAAUGCAGCUGGAGUAGGAGACAAAGUCAAGGCCACAGUAGCAUCCAAUGCUGAUGUUUAUGAAUCCCCGUCAAACGUUCCAUCGAGUGGAAACUUCCGUCCGGACAUCAAAGAACAAAUGCUACAAAUUGUCAAAUUCCUCCAUGAAAACAAUGCUCCAUUUGUUGUUAACAUUUAUCCCUUCCUAAGUCUCUACCAAAGCAGCAGUUUUCCGGUCGAAUUUGCUUUCUUCGAUGGAGGUGGGACUCCGACAACCGACAAAGGUCUCCGGUACACCAAUGUGUUUGAUGCAAAUUAUGACACACUGAUUUGGUCCUUGAAGAAGAAUGGUUACCCCAACAUGAAGAUCAUGGUUGGAGAAGUUGGUUGGCCAACAGAUGGUGACAAGAAUGCAAAUGUGAAGUAUGCAACCAAAUUCUAUGACGGUCUCAUGAAGAAAUUGAUUAGUAACAAGGGCACCCCACUAAGGCCUGGAAAAAUAGACGUCUACCUCUUUGGUUUACUUGAUGAGGACAUGAAGAGCAUUGAACCAGGAAUGUUCGAGAGGCAUUGGGGGAUUUUCCGCUACGACGGGAAACCAAAGUUCCCGAUGGACUUGACGGGGAAAGGCAACAACAAGAUGCCAGUAGGGGCGAAGAAUGUUCAUUACUUGGAGUCACAAUGGUGUGUGCUUGAUCCGGCUGCCACGAGCACUGAAAACAUUCCAGAUCAAAUAAACUAUGCAUGUGCACAUUCAGAUUGCACUAGCUUGGGAUAUACAUGCAACAACUUGGAUGCUAAGGGCAAUGUGUCUUAUGCUUUUAACAUGUACUUCCAAAUGCAAGAUCAAGAUGUGCAGGCUUGUGACUUCAAUGGGUUGGCUAAGAUUGUUCAGCAGAAUGCCUCGCGUGGAAGCUGUUUGUUUCCUGUACAGAUAGUUAGUGCAGGAGAAAGGCUAAACUUGGCUUAUGGUGUUGGUGUUGUUGCAGGACUUUUCUUAACAUUGCUGGCUUUGAUAUAAUUAUAUUAGACUACUCAUUCAGAACAGCAUGUUUGAAAUCGGAUGAUCAUCUCUAAUCGGAAUAAUAGUAAUUAAGUAAACGUAUAUAGUUUCCUCAAAUAGUUUAGUUAGUCGAUUUUUUUUAUGGCAAAACCACAUUGAUAACAUAGAUAGUGCAGCCUAUUGCAGUUAGCAAUAUUGAUAAAUCUACAAAAAAGUAU